AUGGAUUACCAAAAAUUGUCGAAAUCCCUUUCCCUGGGUGAUAACUUUUCCUCUCUUUAUUCUCUUUUAACCCAAUUAAACCUUAGAUUGGAACUAAACCAUGGAAAUCAAAGCGAUAAAGGGACUCCUUCCGAUGCUGAGGGUUCCAGCGAAUCCGCUAGUUACACAGAAGAAGUGGAUGUUACCCUUGCCCUAGACCAACUUAUCGAAUUGAUUGAAAAGUUCACAAAAGAGAAACCGGGAGCUAAGAAUGGGAAGUCAAGCAAUACCCAAGACUCCUCUUCAGCAGAAACUGGAGUAGCCACUCCAUCUCUCGCUUGUUUCAAACUCAUAUCAAGAAACUUAGUGUUAACUUUACAAUUGCUUCCAAGCAAAGUCUAUGACUUUACAAACAAGUUGCUUGGUGGAAUAAGUGAAAACAGCUCUAACCCAACUCAAUUCAGAAUAAAUACGCUAGUUUUAAUAGACUUGUUUCUGCAUUUUCCUACUUCAUUGGGUUCCUUGAAUAACUUCGCUGUCACACAAAUAUAUAAGUUUCUCAAGAAGCAGCCAUUGGAUGAUGCUAACAUUGUGUUCUUGUUGGCUACCAUUUGUGAAAAUGCCACCAAGUUGGAUUUAGACGAUAAAUUUCAGCAAAAGCUCUUGAAAAUUGCUCAAAAGAGUGUGUUCGUGGACAUUGAAAGAGACAUGGGGGCUGAAGAAACGAAUACUAGUAACGGUAAUACUUUGCUAUUGAAGAAGAACUAUUUUCUUGUGCUACAAAAUGUAUUGAUUUUAUCUGUUUCUACCCAUUACGAGCAUUUAUUGUCGGCUUCUGCUGCCGUAUCAACUUCUUCUUCUUCUUCUAAGUUGAAGCCUGAAGCUUUAAUGAGUCAACAAAAUACAUUUCAAGUUUCCCUUUUAACUGCUUACGAAAAGGUUAUUAAUUAUGGGUUCACAAAUUGUGAAAAGGAAAUAAGGUUAGUUACAGUAGAGCUUGUUGCUAACUUGUUAAUUAACUUUGUCCCCACCGGAAAACUUAACCCUAUUGAAUAUUUAAUUAGCGUUCAGUAUAACUUCCCAAGCUUGAGUAAUUACGAUCUGCAAUUGACAAGAGAAGUGGACGAUUCACAUGAAAUAAUUGAAGAAAAGAAACCUCGUAAUAAUUCUAUUCAAUCCCAUGACUCAAAUUCAGCUAUUAACUCAAUAACGAAUCUAUUAUUGAGUGAAUCGUCAACCAUUGAAGCUUUGAUCAUGUACAUUCAAUUGGAACAGGUGCAAAAUUUAGACUAUCUUUCACAGAAUUUAAUUCAAAUAAUGGAAAUAAUAUUAGUCAAAUUUGGUGAAUUGAACGUAACAACUAACCACAUCCAAAGUCAACAAUGGAAUAAAGUUAUAAGACAAUGGGAAGUAUUGAUAAACUGGAUGAUCAAAGAGUGUGGUGAAAGUUGCCACGAUAUGUUGAUGAACUAUGUCUAUGAAAAAUUCCACGAACAUAACAAGUCACAGGAUUACUCGUUGGGCGAUAUGGCAUCAACGCUGGCUCUCUUGAAGUCAAAGAAAAGAGAGAGUGGUAUUUUUGGAGGAUUUAAAGGUAAAAGCAGUAAAUCUAAAGAAAAGGAGUCUAAAAUAAGAGAAAUAUCUCCUUAUAAGAAUAGCUACCAGUGCUAUUUCUUAUUGAGAAUCGUUGACCAGCUUAUUCCCUUAGGUAUAAGUGGAAUCAAGGAAGAUGAAGCUGAUGAACAGAGUAAUGAAAAGACAGUAGUUUCAACAUCUGGUGCCAAUGAUGCAAAUACCGACGCGUCUGGUGAUCUUAGUAGUGUUUCACACUCGACUUCGUUCAUCAGAGAAAUUCUUUUCAAGCUUAUUAUCAAUAACAACCCUUACAUUAGGACAUAUUCGCUUAAGACUCUACUUGUGUACUCAAAACACCACGCAGUGGAAGUCAAUCAAUUGAUAUUGAAAACCUUCAAAUACAUCAAUAGCGAAUUCAAGAAAAAGCAGUCGACCCACACGGCUUCAACUACAACUACUACUGCGUCUAACUUGGAAAAUACCUCAUCAACUUCUUCUACUCGACUUAUUCAAUACUCACUUACACUUUCUGCUCUCAUUAAAAAUGCCUCAUAUACUUCACUACAAACUUCCACUAUUAUUAAAAUUUUGAGUUUUUGCACUCAAAAUUUGAAGCAGCAAUCAUCCGGUGACUCUUAUAUGAAGAGUUCUUGUUGGAUUAUCCUUACUGCGUUAGUCACGAUAUAUAAUCAUAGCGAAUUUGUUAAGUUAAACAGUUCUCAGUUUUUGGUGUUUUGGAAAGGCUUAUUAACUUCCCAGUAUCUUGGAGGGCUGGAAAUCGAUGACGUUUUAGACAAUUUAAGAAUAAGGAAUUUUUCAUUGUCUUGUUUGCUCAAUUAUUUAAACACUGUUGAAUUGACACCGGAAACAUUAAAGCAAUUCCAACUAUUGUUGGCUAAAUCUUAUAACUAUAUAACAUACUUGGAAAAUAUGUUCGAAACAGUUGGACAAGUGACGACUUUUAAUAAUCAAGUAUUCAACGAGCAUGAUUAUAAUAUUAACUUGGUGAACAAUAUUCAAUAUGCGAGUGAAAAACAACAAGAAAUAGGAAACGAAAAGAUGAUGAUAAGUCUAAUCUUGUACCACAAGAAAAUAUUGUUACAAUCGUAUAAGAUAAUUGGUGGGUAUUUGAAGAAUGAUAUCAAUAGUAAUAUGGUAAUCUUUUUGUUGAAGUUACUCAGCGAUGGCAAGAUCUUCUGUAGAACCAAUGGUACUGGAGAAUUUGUGAAGGAGAAAGGGAAAAAAAAAGGAGUUGUUACAGUUAACGACUGGGACUCUAAUGAUUGGCUAGUCUAUGAAGCUGAAAAUUAUGAGUUUGGUGUUUGUAGUAGAUUAGACUUUGGCAAGGUACCCGAGGCCAAUGUGCAAAAUGACGAAAAUGACAUUUUGUAUGUUGAUCCCUUUGAGCCUGUGGGGGCGAAUGGAACUAAUUGGUCGGACUACUUUGAACGUAUUACAUUUUCUAAUGUAACAACUUCAAGCACAUUCGACCCGAAUAUUUUCCUUAUUCCAAAUUUGGAGUCUACGACUCUCGUUACUUCACUUAUUGAUCUUUCCAUUGAUCUUUUCCAGAUUAUUUUCCCACAUUUACCACUCAAAAUCCAAAUGUCAUUAUUGGAGCAAAUGAGAAACUCGUUGACAAAUAAAUCCAUUGAUCCCUUCAGAUUGAAAGCCAUCAGUAUCAAUAUCUCUGUUGUUAUCCAUGGGUUGUCUGUAACCAAAAACAAUAAAGUCAAGUUAGACAAGCAAAUUACCAAUACUUUAUUGGAUAUCCUAUCGCUAAUUAAAAGCAAUAAGAAACUCAUUUUGCUUAACUCUGAAUCAGUAGGCAAUUUGUCAAAGGAAGAACCAAACGUUCAAGUACAGAAGUGUAUUGAUGAAAUAGUCAAUACUUUAGAACCAAUUAAGCGUGGUGAAGCAGUUCUCAAGCUUGCAUAUAUCUACAGACUGACUUCUUCUGGAUUUGUUGAGAUUUAUGACGUUUUGAAGCAAUUAUUGAAUGACCCAAAUCCGAUUGUUUAUCAUUACACUUUGGAAAGUUGUUGUGAAAUUUUUGAAAAAAUUACUACUUUUACACACUUAGAACCAAUGUUGGAUCAAAUAUUUAGUAAUUAUUUGUUAUCAGACUCAUUUGGCUACGAAAUUCAUAGUAAAGUUCUAAUUGGAUCCAAGUGCAAAUACCCUUCUUUGGGGCCCAUGACCAAGUUACUAAAGAUUAUGAUAUCACUGUUGGGGCCAAACUUGAGAGAAUCUAGCGAGUUAGGAAUCAGGACUAAAAUCAGAGAUUUGAUAGUUUCUUUAAGCAUUGGAGUUGGGACAGGUACAAUUACAGAUUCAUUUGAAGUAUCUAAACACCUCAUUUUGAUGUUCCAAGAAUUGAUCAUUUUUGAUCCCAAUUUGAUCGAAGGAGAAUUAGAAUUUAUUUCUAAAUUUUUGAAUCUUGUUAUCUCCAAAAAUUUGAAACUUGGGCUUUGCUCCACGUCUCCAACAACGACAAAUACUGAAAGUUUGUUCCCAUUUAACUCAUCUUUUGAAUUGUAUAAGCUUGCAUAUUCGUGUUAUUGCGAAUUAAUCAAGAUCCUUGGUCCUAAAAAGGUGCUCGACAAAGAUUUGAUAAAUUUACUAUGGAUAUCGAUGAAUUUGAAACCUUGCGAGGAAUUGAAAGAAACCAUUAGAUUCUGGAUGCAAUCAACUAUUGAUGAAAAUAAUUGGUUUUCUACUCUAAGUGGAAUCUUUAAGUUCAGUUCAAAAAAGUUAGUACUGCAAUUCAUGGCACUAAAUUAUCAACAGAAAUUGUUGCCAUUGCUGCAAAGGCAAAAGAAGAAGGCUGCUGCUGCUUCUGGUGGGGCAACUGGUGGAGUUCCAACAAUAUUCAAUGAUGAAGAAAGUCAAAACAUAGUUAAUGAAGAAGCUACUGAAACUCUCAAAAAUGAACCAAUUACUUGGGAAUUCAAACUAUUCAUUUUUGAAUUACUCAAUGAGUUAUUAGUACUGGCUGCAAGAAAUUCUAAUAUCAAAUUUCAACUUAAAUCUAAAAUCCUGGACAUCGUAAAUAUUUCAUUUUUGGGAAGUACUUCACCUGUUAAUACUAUUAGAAAGCAAGGAAUCAAUCUCUUGGACAAGGCUUUGGGCUUAUUUGGUGACAUUCCAGAUCCGCUUUAUCCAUCUGUAUCCAUUCUAGAGCAACAGCAAGCGCAAAUUAUUAGUGCAUUAAUGCCCUGCUUCCUGAGUGAGUGUGAUGCAGAUUUACUUAUUGAAACAAUCAAUAUUCUGAGUAAGUUUAUUAAUCUACCAAGAAUCAAGUUUUAUUCUAAGCAAAGAAUUUUGAAAACGUUAAUUGAUUUAUUGGAAGAGCUAUCGUCUAAUAAGUUUUUAAGGUUUGAUUACUUAGAAAACUUGUCAGAAUUCAAUAAAAAAUCAAUUCAAUUAGCGAUAUUAAAUUGUUGGGCAAUUCUAAGGAUUGACAUAGAAGAUGAAAUAGAUGAUGGAACGGAAGAGCUUGCAGGCACUUUAAAGAAAUAUUCUAAGCUACUUACAUCAUUGUGGAUUGUUGUGUUGAGAGAAUUUUCAACUGUCAAAUACAAUGAACCGAAUCUGUUGGAAGUAUCUAUUUACAGUAACUACUGGAUUAAUUUUAUUUCAGUGUUAAGUUUAGAGAUGGAAGAUCCAGAUUCGUACGUUCAUGAGUCUUUAGGUAAUAAUUCUGAAGAUAGUAGCAACUUCUUUUUCAUCCUUUUCAGUCAAUGCGUUGAAACUUUAGUAAAGGGUGGGCAAGCUGAUUACGGAGAAGUAUUGCAUACUAUUAAUAGAUUGGUUAAUCUGAGUAAUGCAUUAGUCACGCAAUACAUUUUCAAUGAAGAAAUUUUUGGUGAAUUAGUUGAUUUAUUCGAUAGAUUAAUUCUCAUUGAUGAAAAUCCUGAAGUCCAAUGUCAGUUGAUCGAAAUUUUAAAUUCCAUUUUCAAAGUAUAUGUGCCAAGAAUCGACAGUUUUGAUACAGGUAAAGAAAGUUUUGAGAAGUUAUUCGAAAUUAUUAGAGUUGCGAUGUUACCAAUUUUCAAGAUCUUACCAUUCUUAAGAUCUGAUUAUGAUGAAUCCUUGGAAUCCAUAUCUACAUUAAACCAUGCUGACAGUGCACCAAAUUUGAUUAUAUUGAAAAAAUGUUUUGCUAGUAUCGUCGAGAUGAUGAGUAAAUUUCCAGACACGUUAAGAGUUGAUUUAUACUCAUGUCUUUUAUUCAUGUUUACAAAGAUAUAUCAAUUUGACAACCAAUUACUUAUUAGUACCAUUUUACCACAUCUCAAGCAAGUAUUGACCGAACUGAAGACUGGUAAGGACGUUGAUUUAAUUACUCCAUUCAGCGACUUGGUGCAGAGCUACUACACUAUUUCUAAAGCUAAUAUUAACUCUGUACUUACUACUAUGAUUCUUCUUACUAGUGGAGACGUGCAGUUGAGUUCAGAGAAUAAUGAAAAGCUAGGAACCACUUUAAUUGAAAUGUUGGAAGUUGGAUCAAAUAAUGCAUCUAUGGCAAUCCAAUGUAUUAAGACCUUGAUUCAAUACUCAACUAAAAGUCAAGUGGUUAAAUAUUUAGUGAAGAAUCUUAUUGAAUUAUUAGUCAGUGGUGAUGGCGAAGUUGACUCUAAGAUUGCUAUGGAGAUCUUAUUUACUUUUGCAAAGCAUUAUGAAGCCAACAAUAGAGAAGAAGGUGCAUCUGUUCAAAUAUUUAGUGUUUUGGUGCUGUUAUUGCUCAUUCAGUUGCAGAACAAGCAAUUAACUAAUGAAUACGUACAUGGGAAGAUAGUAGCUUUGGCUGAACAAAACCCUGUCUCAUUCAAGACCGUUGUUAAAAAUGUAUUGACCAACCAGCAAAGAGUUAGAAUUGAACAGAUAAUUAAGUCUCCAAGACAUACCGAGAAUGAAGCUGUGGAGAAUGAAAAGGAUGAGCAACAAAUACAAUUAAAGACAUUCGGCAGUUAG